AUGGGUAUCCUCAUCUCUAUGGGUGGAUUCAUCUUCGGUUACGAUACCGGUCAAAUUUCUGGCUUCCUUGCCAUGCCAGACUUCCUGCGAAGAUUUGGUCUGCGUCACAGUGAUGGAACUUUCUAUUUCAGUAACGUGCGGUCCGGUCUUAUCGUAGCAAUGCUGUCGAUUGGUACAUUGAUUGGAGCUCUCGUUGCUGCUCCAAUCGCAUACUUUAUCGGCAGAAGACUUAGUGUGACCUUCUGGUGUGUCGUCUUUUGCAUCAGUAACAUUGUCAUGAUCUCGUCGGAUUAUCAUUGGUAUCAGAUCAUGAUGGGCCGAUGGGUCGCCGGCCUUGGUGUGGGUGCAUUGUCGUUACUUGUGCCAAUGUACAUGGCUGAGACCUCCCCCCGUCACAUCCGUGGUGCCCUGAUAAGUACAUACCAGCUCUUUAUUACCUUCAGUAUCUUCUUGGCCGCAUGCAUCAACUUCGGUACCUACGAGCAUCAAAGGGGCAACUCUGGCUCAUGGUGA